AUGUCGCACAACAUACAUAAUAUGUUGCAUAUUAGUGAUGAUGUUGAAAAUAUUGGAGUUUUAGACAUGUUUAGUGCUUUCCCUUUCGAAAAUAAGUUACAGCAAUUGAAAAAACUUGUAAGAAAAGGGGAUAAUCCCUUAGCACAAAUUGUUAAACGCAUAUAUGAGAUCAACAAAUCUGAAGGGGAAAAUAGUAUGAAAAUUGCUCAGUUAGUUAACAAGAAUACAAGAAUCUUCACUAAUAUUGAUACUGAUGUUGAAGAAGACAUAAGCAUAACUAAAAAGACAACUUCCUUCUCAUCAAGUAUUUCUGAAGGUUUUAUCGAUUCAUCAGUUCAAGUUAAUAAGGCAGGUAUUUGUAAAUGCUGCCCAAAUCAUAGAUACGAGCUAUCUACAACAGGUCUCAUCAAGCAAAUGUUGCGUAAACUCUCAAUGCUUGAAAUAGCGGUUAAUGAUAUAAAAUCCAGAGUGGAAAUGAUUGAUGAACAACCAGGAAUAAUAGAACCUGGAGUAGAUAAUAUAUGGGAAGAUUUCAACCUACCACUUAUCGAAACUGAAAAAUUAUCAGAAUUCGAGGAUUUCUUAAAAUCGGAGGAAAACAUGAAAAAAUCUGCUGAAAUGUCUCAAGAUGGCGAUAAUUUGGAGAAUUUCGAUUUAGAUGUACAGUCUCCAGCUACAAGCUGCAGUAUCUCAGUCAGUGGAACAGAAACAUCUGUAACCACUGCUUUUACUUCUGGGAUGAAACGCUGCAAAAAACGGCAAGGUGACAGCUACGACCAAAUACUGAAGAAAGUUUCGGUACAGUUAGAUAAACCAGAAAACUCACAGGAUGAAUUUUCUAUUAUGGGCACAAAUAUAAGUGAUAACUUGAGAAAAUUGCCAGCUGAAACAGUUAUCGUAGUGGAUAAACUUAUCACAGACAUACUGUUUGAAGCCCAGUUGGGAAAUAUUCACCGGUAUACCAACAUGAAUUUAACGGAUUCCAGAACUGCAAACAGUCAACUUCAUCUGAUGCAGCCAUCUUCUCGGGUAGCAGAGUCAACUCUUGUAAACCCUAUUUACGAUCAAAGUUUUAUCAUUUUGUUGACUUCAGGACAAUUAGAUGAUAGUUCAGUUGACAAUCUGAGUAUGGAGAGUGAAAAGAAUAGUCCUAGUAACAACCAAAGCACUCCUAGCUUCCAGUCUCCUUUCAUGAAAAAAUGGCAAAGACAAGAUAGGUCCAUCAAGGACACCGACACAAAAAAGAUUGAGGAAAGAGCGUUAUCUGAAUAA